ACUAAAAUGUUGACGCGAAUUAUUACUCCUUUGCCAUUUUAAUCUUAUACACAUUAUGUAGUCAUUGGAUUACUGUUAAAUGUCCUCAGUGGGGUCUGACAGAAAGCUUAUAAAAGCAAAAUUUCGCGCGUUUGGCUGUGUCCUUGUGCUUUAGGUUGCUUGCAUUGUGACAAUGAUCCGCAUUGUUCCUGCCACCUUGUGUGUCUACUGUCAGCGAAUGCGCCUGCUGUCUACCACCUGUGUCGCCAACUCCACUCCGAUAAACACACGACUCGAAAAUCAGCAUACAGUGGACGCCUUCUAUGAGUUGUCAGUGGACAUUCGCAAGGUACGUAAAUUCAAGGGAUGGGUUCUCUCCGAGAGCCCGGCAUACGUGGCUGAAACUGCCGAAUUCCUUCGUGGGCUGGGUGCAGAUGAAGCCUGCAUCGCCCGCGUGUUGGAGACACACCCCGAGGCCGUGUUGUGCCGGCCAGAGGAGGUAGAGGCCCAAAGGGAUCUGUGGUCCACAGUGUGCCCGAAACCACGCGAGCUGGUGAGUAUUAUUGAGAAGUUCCCAACCUCCUUCUUCACAGUAUCACAUCAUGCCUACCAGAAGGCAAACAUUCAGUAUCUGCAAAGCCUUCACCUUAGUAAACGCAUCGUGGGCAAACUAAUCGCCAGUGCUCCCCAGAGCUUCAGCCGUCCUGUGGAGAGCAACCAGAAGGUCAUCCACACCCUUUGUGAGACCUACCUCGACCUGGGUGGCAGCCAGAGCAACCUGCGCGUAUGGUUGCAGAAGCUGCUCAGCCAGAAUCCUUACAUUCUUAUGCGACCCGCAGAGGCAUGGCGUGACAGUCUGGGCUUCUUGAGAGAACGUGGCUUCACUACAGAGGAGCUGCUGCAUUUGGUGUGCAGCCUGCGUGCUUCUAUCGCGGAGCUGCAGCGUGAGGCUAUGCAGCAAGCAAUGGACUACACGCAGGGCAUUCUGCAGUGUAACGAGGAGGAACUGAGACAGAUCAUGCUGCGCUGUCCGGCUCUGCUGUAUUACACUGUCCCUUACCUAUCUGGACGCUUUAAGGGGCUGCUGGAUGCAGGAAUCACCCCAGAACAGGUGAAGGAGACGCCAAACAUCUUGGAACUCACUACACAGAUUGUACUCUUUCGCAUUCAAAAGCUGGCUUCAUAUGGGUAUGAUGUGAGAGGUGGCAGCUUAGGUGUCAUCACUGGCACCAAGAAGGACUUUGAAGAAAGCUAUGGAAAGUUGCAGCUCCGUCGUCAGAGGCCUCUCUUCAACCCUGUUGCUCCGCUCAGGACAGUGGAGGAGUGAAUUGUGACUGCCAUUUAGAUUUUUACAUGACUGAUGUGUUAGUUAACUGCAGUUGAAUGUAGUCAAGCAGUAGAUAAAAAUAUAUUUAUUAAGGAAUCAGUGGGUCAGUUUUAACUCUUGCCCACCCAAUUAAAGUACAUCAUUUUGUACAAUAUGAAAUAUUACUGAGAGGUUGAAUAUAAAAUUUGCAAAUGUCUUGAAGAGUACCUCAGCCAAUUUUAA